CUCUAAUGGGGCGGCUAAUUCAGGUUUUUUGGACUCCCUUACAACAUAUAUUACUGUGGAGCAAAAUACUGGUUUGCUCUGCCCGUUCGAGGAAAGUGAGGUGAAAGAAGCUCUCUUUGCCAUGCAUCUGGAUAAGUCCCCUGGACCGGACGGUAUGAACCCUGGUUUUUAUCAAAAAAGUUGGGAGACAGUGGGUUCUGAUGUCACGUAGUUUGUUUUGAAGUGUAUUAAGGAUCGCUCUUUUCCUGACGGAAUGAACGAUACCACGCUAGUGUUGAUCCCCAAGAAGCAAACCCCUGAGACUGUGGCAGAUCUCCGACCCAUUGCCUUAUGCAAUACUACAUAUAAGAUUAUAGCCAAGAUGGUGGCAAAUCGCCUUAAACCCUUGUUGCAACAUGUUAUCUCGGAUAAUCAAUCCGCGUUCCUCCCAGGUGGAUGGAAUUUAGAGGUUGUGCAAAGCUUAUUUUGCCCCAGUGAUAUAGACCAGAUCAGUAGGGUGCCACUUCAACUAGAUAGUGAGGACAAAUGGUAUUGGGCAGGAGAGACGCAUGGGGAGUACUCCGUCAAAGAGGCUUAUCGUCGAUUGACACAAUCAUUGGUUGAAUGGAUGGAAUACCAAUUUUCAAAGCUUUCUGUUAAGGAGCUUAAGUUGGUAGCCGGAGGUAUAUGGGCAAUUUGGAGAGCCAGAAACAAGGCGGUUUGGGAUCAUUACAUCCCUUCACCGCAAUCUGUGGUAAGCUGGGUCAGAGAAGCCUUACUAGAUCUGCCAAACAGACCUGGUCAAAGUGGAAGACAAGAGUCGAUGCAAGUUUCCCCGAGAUCAGAGCACAGAGUCUUUCGAUGUUAUGUGGAUGCAGCCAUAUUCUCUUCCUCUAAAGAGGUCGCUUUUGGGAGCGUCAUCUUUAAUCCGGGAGGUUCCUUCUAUGCUGCUAUAAAUGGAAUGAUGCAAUGUCCCUUAGAACCGGUGAUGGUAGAGGCUAUGGCAUGUAGAGAAGCUCUUACUUGGGCUAGAGCUAACGAGAUCCAAGAUGUGGAGCUCCAUACGGAUUGCAGGUGGGUUGUGGAAGCUCUUUGUGAAAGAAACAUCUAGGUUUUUUCUUAUCUUGGAACUAUAAUAAAAGAUUGUAAGGCUC